GGAAAGUGUGGAGAUCGAAAACAUUGAGCAGUUGGUGAAAAUCCAAGUGGUAAUCGACGAGGAAUAUAAUCCCAAUUACGACAAUUUGAGCUCGACGGAGUCCUUAGUCUUUGUUAAAGACUUUGAGGAAAAGAUGGGAGACUUUUACAGAAGCUCUAAUCUAUUAAACUUUGAGAGAGUAGUGGUAACCAAAGUGAGCCCGGUGGCUUUGCCAGGUUUGGUGAGACGUUCGUCCUCUGGUGUUGACCAGCGCAGACUAGCUGUUGAUGCCAUGACCGCCGGCAGAGUCACAGAAAGACCACAAGGCAUCAACGUCAGCCACGAUGUGGUUUUGAAUAUUCCAAACAACGGCGACUUUGAGAGCCAAUACGAGACGCAAGUGAAUGCUGUCAAUGGGACUUUGGCAAAUCUUCUUACGUGCACAACAGAUUGUCCCUUCAACGUGACAACGCAACCGACUGUGGUUGGGACCCAACUGGAUCUGGAAACCUUUUGUAUGUCAUACGUGAAGGAUCCGGACCUGGCCCGGCACUACAGGGCGGUGAACCACAACAAUUCCCUGGUGUGCGUCACUCGAUGCCACGCCAACUAUGACCUCGACAAGCUCACCUGCUACAACGGUGGCGCGUGCAGGGUUUUCAGGGAUGUCGGCGCCGUUUGCGAAUGUAAGGCUUUGGACGCCACGUGGUACUUAGGCUCUGACUGUGGGCUGCCUAUCAAACGUGUGGCCUUCUACGCCGGUUUGGUGGUCACCCUGGCUUGCCUCGUGGCCACCGUGUCAGGCUUGAUCGCAUACGUGGUCAUCAACAGAAAAGAGCAAAUGAGGAAAAAAGACGUGAAAAAGAAGCUGGUGAACAAAUGGCUGAACGACGAAUUUGAGUGGUCCCGAUCUGAUAAACUUUCGACAGGCACGUUAAAUGCCGGACACCUGAACCCGUCGUUCCAUUACGACGCGCCACUGCGGUCGCCGCAUACUCGCCAGCACACCGACUACAGACAGUCGGGCCGGUCCAGCCCGGCCGUGAGCAUGUACAGGCUGGACGGAGCGGCCCGCGGGUAUGACGCCUCGAUUCAGCACAACGGAUUCCCCCCCUCCGAUCAGGUGCAGAUGAGGAUCCACAGGCCGCAGAUCAGGUCGUCGUGGGACAUCUGACCGCCACCGGCGUCCUUUCAAUAACAAGCACCUUAACGACCCAUCGGGAGCAACAAUGCUUUUCAUCUUCGGGAGUUAAUUUAUUGAAUUGCUUUUCUUAUAAUGUGAGAAAUUAAUGAUUGUCUUUAAAUUCUAUUGUAUUUACACAUCACGUGUUAUUUUGUUUAAAUUAACCAACCGUUCGUA